CGACAACGACGACGACGACGACACUUCACCACGAGGACCACCCGCUCAACGGACCGAUGAUGUCGACGCAAAUGAAAGGAAUCAUUUGCCCUUUGCAGCAGGACUCGUUGGCAUCCACCCGAACAUGGUUGCUUCUGACAGGCCAGCCUAUCCGCACGUAUCAUCCAGCACGCAUAGCGUCGCCAGCUAUUCGUCUUUAGCAACAACAGCAACAACAACCACAGCGUCACUUGUUUUACCAGAUUCGGCUGCGCCCUAUCACCACAAUGUCUCCCCUCACGCUUCGGAUGUGUCCCAGUCGAUCCACUCAUUUUGUCGAGAAGGCAGCAGCAACAACAACCACGGCAGGCAAUAGCGUCGUCGUCGUCGUCGUACUGUCCCUGACGCAACAACAACUUGUUCUUGAGACCGACACAACAAGCGGCAGCAACGCAUCAGCCUCGGAAACGCCCCCUACCGUCGUUACAACAACAGUGCCAGAAAUAACCAACAAUCCUUUAAGAAACCACGAAGAUGAAUUACAGUUUCUGCGCGACCAAUGGACCACUGUAUGCAUUGCACUCAGCUCUUUGCGUAACAUAGCGCCGCUGCCGAGACAGAACAGCCAGAAAACACGUGGGGAGCGUUCAAAAGGUCGCGGAAAAGGCCGUGCUAACCAACAACAACAACAACAACAAGGGGAUCCACCAUCGACAGGAGGAGGAGGAGAACUCCCUUCAGAUAUUGAGCACGAGCUGCUAGCGGGUUACGAUGACGCUAUGCUACAACUACGACAAUUACAAUUCAGAGUGGAGGCCCUUGAAGCAGAAAUCCAUCGCUUGCGAACUGGCAAUACAGAACGCUCGAGAACAACUUUAACUCCACCACCUCCACCUCCACCUCCAACAGAAUAG